AGCUGAUACAUAACAAGCCAAGUAACACCAAAAACUCCUUGGGAUUUGGCUUCCUCUGGAGGAAUUCCCUGAUUCCUCCAGGUAGUGGCUUUGCCAUAACCAGCUGACUUCUUAGGAUAUUCCUGUGGCCCACAGCAAAAGCCUUAGGGACCACCUUCCUCAGCCUGCUGGAUGAUGACAAGGACUCAUGUACUGGGAGAUCAGUCUGGACUUUACCAAUGUUGCUCAGCUAGUUCCAUCUCACCAUGACUCCCUACAUUCUCCCUGUGAUUCCCAGACUCUGCAACACUUUACAUGUUACAACUUCUGAUGUGCCUCCAAUAUCACAAGUAUACACCAGGGCAUGUAAGCUCACUGUGAAAGGGGAAAAUAACCAGUGUGGAACCUGGGGUGAUGGCAGGAGGAGGGUAAAUGGACUUAGUAGAUAGUUUUGAGCUUCUGGACCAAAAGUCAGUUAUGGCAAUGAACAUGAGUACAGUGCAAUAUUUAACAAAGGCAGGGUAUGUUGUGGAUAGAACAUUCUGCAUAGAAUGACCAUCAUUUUUUCUAGAGAUAAUUUAAAAAUGACUGAGCCUUCUGGAGUAUGCAGAAAUUGUGGCAAAGGCUUUUAUUGUACUGCUGAAUUCAGAUCAUGAAGGGGCAGUCAAGGUAACCCUUUGACAUUGGGAAAUGUUCUGAGUGGGCCUUUUGCAGGCCCCAAUAUCUAAUUUGAUCCAAUCAUUAUCUGUCAGUAUCAGAACCCCCAAAGUUGGAUUACACAGUUGUUUAUUAACUUCAGAAAUUUUACAUGCCCAUGAGAACAGACAAUAGGUACAGAGAGAUACUUUAUACUACAAAGAACUUCUGAAUUGAAUUAGUUUGUAUAUGUGUGCUAUUUAUUCAGUCUUGUGUAGAUCAUUUAUUCUUCAUGUUGAUCUUUUUUUAUUUUUUCUGUUGUUGAUACCAUUUAGAGUUAGACAUUUUAUUGGACUUUUGAUGAAUCUGUAGCUCAAAUCUGAACUGACAUAGUAAUGAAGCUUUCUGUCUACAGUCAUGGAAUUCUAUCCUUUUAUCUACUUCCUUGAUUCUUUUAAUCACUAAUUUAUCGUUUUACCUACAGGUAUUUGUCACAUUUCUAUGUAUGCCUGGCUGUUUAUCCAUGGUGACAUAUAAUUCAUUUGGGGAUGCAGUGACCUAUGAGGAUGUGCAUGUGAACUUCACUCAUGAAGAGUGGGCUUUGCUGGAUCCUUCCCAGAAGAGUCUCUACAAAGAUGUGAUGCUGGAAACCUACUGGAACCUCACUAUUGUAGGGUACAAAUGGGAAGACCACAAUAUUGAAGAACAUUACCCAAAUUCUACAAGACAUAGCAGCAGGCAUGUCAUCUGUCACUCUGGAUACAAUCAAUGUGAGCAUAAGGGACAUGGAAAGAAGCAUUGUACUUCUGUCUCUCUCAGAACAACUGGAAGAUAUGUGGUAGUCCCCACUAUGAGAAGACAUGAUGCUGGUGAUACAAGUUUACACUUAAUUGGUUUUCCAACUUCAGUGAGAAUUCAUCAAGAAACUCUCCUCGGAGACAAACUUUAUGAGUAUCAGGAAUAUGGAAAUUCAUCUCUGUCUACUGGUUCACUGUGCACAUGUAGUGUGGCUCACAGUAAAACAAAAUGUUGUGAAUGCAAUCUGUGUUCUCUGAUUUCUUCAAGUUCUCUUCAAAGAUGUGAAAAAGCUCAUGUGGGAAGAGAAAAUAAUAAAUGUGAGUCAUCUGCUAUAGGCUUUAGGCUUGAUAGGCAUCAUCAAACACACCACAGAACCAAUAACAAAGAGGCUCUCUAUGAAUGUAAUCAACAUGCUAAAGCCUUUAGAUCUGAUUACUUCUUUGAAGUAUACCAAAGAUGUCAUUUGAAAGGAAAACCCUAUGAGUAUAAUCAAAGUUAUAAAGCCAUUGCAUGUGACAGUCUUCAGCAUCAAGUACAUAGAAAUCAAACUCGAGAGAAAUGUUAUGAAUGCCAUCAGUGUAGUAAAGCCUUUGUACAGAUGAGUGAUCUUCAGAGACAUGAAAGAAUUCAUACUGGAGAGAAACCAUAUGAAUAUAAUCAAUGUGAUAAAGCUUUUGCAGAGUCAAGAAAUCUUCACAGUCAUGAAAGAUUUCAUACAAGAGAGAAACUCUAUGAGUGUAAUCAAUGUGGUAAAGCCUUUACACAAAUGAGUAAUCUUCAAAGUCAUGAAAGAAUUCAUCCUGGAGAGAAACCCUAUGAGUGUAAUCAAUGUGGUAAAGCCUUUGCACGAAAGAGCAAUCUGCACAGUCAUGAAAGAAUUCAUACUGGAGAAAAACCAUAUGAAUGUCAUCAAUGUGGUAAAGCCUUUUCACGAAAGAAUUGUCUUCAAAGUCAUGAAAGAAUUCAUACUGGAGAGAAACCCCAUGAAUGCAAUCAAUGUGGUAAAGCCUUUGCAAUGAAGAGUUAUCUUCUCAACCAUGAAAGAAUUCAUUCUGGAGAGAAACCUUAUGUAUGUAAUCAGUGUGGUAAAGCCUUUGGAGUGAAGAGUAGUCUUCAAAUUCAUGAAAGAAUUCAUACUGGAGAGAAACCCUAUGAAUGUAAUCAAUGUGGUAAAGCCUUUGCACUGAAGAGUAGUCUUCAAAUGCAUGAAAGAAUUCAUACUGGAGAGAAACCCUAUGAAUGUAAUCAAUGUGGCAAAGCCUUUGCAAAAAAGAGUUAUCUUCUCAACCAUGAAAGAAUUCAUACUAGAGACAAACCCUAUGAAUGUAAUCAAUGUGGUAAAGCCUUUGCAACAAAAAGUUAUCUUCUCCUCCAUGAAAGCAUCCAUACUGGAGAGAAACCCCAUGAAUGUAUUCACUGUGGUAAAGCCUUUGCAAUGAAGAGUUAUCUUCUCAGCCAUCAAAGAAUUCAUACUGGAGAGAAACCAUAUGAAUGUAAUCAAUGUGGUAAAGUCUUUGCACACAAGAGUAGUCUUCAAAUUCAUGAACGAAUUCAUACUGGAGACAAACCCUAUGAAUGUAAUCAAUGUGGUAAAGCCUUUGCAACAAAAAGUUAUCUUCUCACCCAUGAAGGCAUCCAUACUGGAGAGAAACCCCAUGAAUGUAUUCAAUGUGGUAAAGCCUUUGCAAUGAAGAGUUAUCUUCUCAGCCAUCAAAGAAUUCAUACUGGAGAGAAACCGUAUGAAUGUAAUCAAUGUGGUAAUGCAUUUACACGGAAGAGUAGUCUUCAAAAUCAUGAAAGAAGUCAUACUGGAGAGAAACCCUAUGAAUGUAAUCAAUUUGGUAAAGCCUUUGCAAAAAAGAGUUAUCUUCUCACCCAUGAAAGAAUUCAUACUGGAGAGAAACCAUAUAAAUGUGACCAAUGUAGUAAAGCCUUUGCACAGAAGAUUAGUCUUCAAAGUCAUGAAAGAAUUCAUACUGGAGAGACCGUAUGAAUGUAAUCAAUGUAGUAAAGCCUUUGUAGAGAAGAGUAGCCUUCUAAGUCAUGAAAGAAUUCAUACUGGGGAGAAACCCUAUUAAUGUGACCAAUGUGGUAAAGCAUUUGCAAAGAAGAGUAAUCUUCACAGUCAUGAAAAUAUUCAUACUGGACAGUACCACAUGGUAAUUUCAGAUGUGAGCUGAUGUGAGCUGCCAUGUGGGUGUUGGAAACUGAGUUUUGUGUUCUACAAGAGGUACUUUCUGGAGUCCAGUGUCAUAAGAGUUCAUGUACCAAAGAAGAAAUGAGGUAUCAGUAGAGGAAGGAGACUGCCAUGAUGUGAGCAUGAAGCACUGUGGCUGAUGAUUUAUUGAAAACAACUACACAGUUUAUGCUCUGUAACUGAAUCUUAGUUUAGACUCAAACAGGUUAAAAACAGACUUAAUGAUUCCAGGAUAAAGGCAGCCAUCAUCCUCAUACAGCAUUUUUCCUAGGGCAAGAAGUGAUAAAUUCAGCAAGUAUCUUAAUGCCUUGUGGAUGUGAGCCCAUUGUUUCCUUUCAUAGUUGCUUUCAUCCUUGCAACUAGGUGUAUCCAGUUAGUAUACAUUGGGGCUUCUUGUGUGGGAGUAGGCAUAGUAAUCACAUUUUGUGUUUGCAUGUUGGUUGGGAUUUUUUCCAAGAAUUUUGUUUAAAGAGACUGCAUUGCCUAUGUAUAUGUUCCCAUCCUCCAGUGUUGCCAACAAAAUAAAUUUCCCACAUUAAAAGGCAUAAGGAAACUUCAUAACUAUAGUGAGAAUUAUUAAAAUUGAAAUAAAAAUGAUGCUGGAGAAUUAAGAUCGGCAAUGUGGAGAUGCUGGAACUUUGUCAAACAGCAAUGGUCACUGUGCAGUCCAUGCCAAGUGCUAAACUGCUAAACAAUUUCUCAUCCCUUUUUAUUUGUUUUAAGAUUCAUUUUAUUUUUGUUAUCUUUGUGAGUCCACAUGAAUAGUAUAGUUUGAAAUCAGAUGUCAGCCUGUGUGACCCAGUUCUUCCUUUCUACCACUUCUGCUCUGAGGACCAGACCAGGUCCAUCAGUCAUGGUUACAAGCACUGUUACUUGCUGAGCCAUGCCAUGAUGAACACUGAGCACUGAUAUUUUUUUCUUAAUUGUUAAUUUUUUUUUUAAAUAGGCUGAUGAAGUUCAGGCUGACCUUAAACUUCAGACAUUUCUGCUUCCACCUCAAGUUACUGGAAUGACAGGUUUUACUACCAUGCCCUGUUUAUGCAGAGGUCUUGAGUGUGCUGACCAAGUAUUCUAUUCAAUGAUCGCCAUCUGAUAUGAAAACAUUGAUGUAGCUGAGUGUUUCAUAUAGAGGUCUACACUGAGAACCUGCGUCAAAACCAAACCAAAACUGCAAACACCAACUUUUGUUAAAAUAAACUGUGUGUAUGUGUUUUGAGAUAGGUGUCUAUCUCAGUUGUCUAGACUGGCCUAGAACUCACACGUUAGCCCUUGAAACUUGCCCCUUGGCUUGGCUUCCUCAGUACCUGGAGAACAAUGCUGGACUAGAGUGAGCAAGCCAGAGCACAGAGUGGACUAACUGUGUGUUUGGGGCAUCACAGGUGGUAGCCAGAGGUGCAUGAUGAAAGCAGAAUAUUUCUGGGGUUGGAUUAUAUUCCAGAACCUUGCUGGAAAUGAAAUGCCAGCAUUUCAGCAUGGAAGCAUGAGAAAAGGCCCAGAUUUCAAUCCUCUUUGGGGUCGAAAUAUCCUGAGAGUCGCAUGUAAGCUAGGGCCACAAAUGCAGUGUGAGGCAUUGCUUAUGAAGAGAGAGAUAUACACUGCUGAGUCCAUGGUCAUGGCUUAGUUGCAUCUUCAUUGGCCUCAUUAGAGGGUGAAUGAGCAUGCCAGGGCCAGAGCUGAGCCCAGUAGUCCCUGGACAAGGACAAGGAGAAAGAUGCAAAAGAGGCUUCUGUCUUGUCUUACUCGCUCGUAGAGCACACUGGGCUGAGAUUACACAAAACUGAAAAACUUCCCAGGUGGCAAAGUAUUGCGAAAUCCUUCCAAUUCUCACAUGGGAAACUGAAACAGAAGGAAGACAGUCGUGGCCAGACCAAUUCUGGGUAUGGUUUCAACUGGUUAUUGUAACUAUAUUAACAAGUGUGAUGCACUUAUGUCUGUCUGAAUAACAGACAUAAGGAGGUGAAGUCACUCAACAGAGGUGAAAGACAAUAAAUGGACCAUUAGCAGGAUUUGAUCCCAUGUAUCCCAUGUGUACUCAUAAAAUUUUUAUGUCUGCAUGUAUUCAUUAAUGUGGGGUGAGGGCAUGCAUGUGUGGGAAUCAGAGGACAACUUACCUGAAUGCAUUUUCUCCUUCAACCAUGUGGUUCCCAGGGAUGGUUCUCAGAUAUAAAACAUGUAUGGCCACAAGUAUCAUUACCACCACAACCAUGUCUCAAGCCCUCAGUUGUAUCAUUUUGUGUGUGUUCUUUGUGUGAAUGUGCAUGUGUGGAGGUCACAGGUCAAGUUUCGUCAUUUCAUAAAUUGAUAUUAUACUCCAAUUGACUUUAUGGGUUAUGGGGCAUGGCAAGGCAUCUCCAGACUCUAGAAUUCCCCAAGAUGUGCCAAUGGAGACUCUAAGGACAGGGAAGGCAUUGUGGUUUUCUAUCUAGAGCCAAAUAGAUAAAGUAUUUGCUGACCUGAAGUUCAGACAGUGGACAGUGCCUGGUUUAUUUGUGCUGUGUAUACACAGGGCCUUGAGUCAUUAAAAGAUAAUCUGUGUUUUU